AUGUUGAACCUAUCUAGCCUCGUGCAGAAGGCACAGCAGUUCAUCGACCCGACCCAGGGGCUGAACCUCACCAACUCCGACAAGAAUCCGUCCAAGGCAUCGCUGUUCCAGAACCAGUUCCGCCUUUCCAGCACCCAGACCCCGCUGUACGAGAUCAAUGCCGAGUUGACCAUCCCACCCGCCAAUGCCGUCUACGGCGGCAAAGACCACGAUCGAGGCUACCACUAUGCCGGCAAGCUCCAUCUCUCCGAGUCCUACAUGUGCUUCUCCACCACGCCAUCCAGCUUCGUCCAGUCGGCCAGCACCUCGACAAGCUCCGCCUUUACGGGUCAGACACACGGCGGAGGGCCAAGCGGAAAUGGCUUCACCUUCCCCCUCUGCGCCAUUCGGCGCGUCGAGAGGCUGAACAGCCAGACUUUCCAGUUUGCGUUGGCGAUUACGACCUGGAAUGGUAUCUCUCAGCAAAAGGAUAAAGAGUCCAAGGAAAAGGACAAGGACGCCGCCGAUAAGGAGAAGAAGGACAACAGGGAGCAGAGGAUCACGAUACACCUUGCUGGCACCCGUCAAGGCUGCGAGCGCUUCUGCGAUGGCCUGAAGAAGGGACUAAGGGCCGGCGUAGGCAACGUUUCCAAGUACAAAAAGGUCGUCAAUGAGUGCUACUCCGAGUACCUCCUCCGCCCGGAAGACAAGAAGAACAUGGGUCCCCCGGACGCCGGUCUGGGUAUGAUGUUCCGAUACCCUGGGGAUCCAAAGAAGCUGCGCGACCGAGCCAAGAUGCGGUUAUGGGCUGAAUACCUACGCGACUAUGGUCGGAACGUGACGCUGAUCCGACAGCCCACCUUCCACAAGCUCAUCCGCGUUGGUCUGCCAAACCGCCUGAGAGGUGAGACUUGGGAGUUGACUUCCGGAUCGAUAUAUCUCAGGCUGGAAAACCCCACGCUUUACCACGACACGUUGGCCAAGUACGAAGGUCAGGAGUCUCUCGCUAUCGACGAGAUCGAAAAGGACCUCAACCGAAGUCUUCCAGAAUACCCCGGCUUCCAGAGCGAGGAAGGCAUAGGUCGCCUCCGACGAGUCCUGACGGCCUACAGCUGGGUCAAUCCUGAUGUUGGCUACUGCCAAGCCAUGAACAUUGUUGUAGCGGCGCUGCUCAUCUACAUGUCGGAGACGCAGGCCUUUUUCUUGCUGUCUUCACUGUGCGACAGACUGGUUCCAGGGUACUACUCAACAACCAUGUACGGCACGCUUCUGGAUCAGAAGGUCUUUGAGUCGCUCGUGGAGAAGACGAUGCCGAUCUUAUGGGAACACCUGGUCAAGAGCGAUGUGCAGCUUUCCGUCGUCUCGUUACCGUGGUUCCUGUCGCUUUACGUCAACUCCAUGCCUCUGGUCUUCGCUUUCCGAGUUUUGGAUGUCUUCUUCGUCGAGGGCCCCAAGGUCUUGUUCCAAAUAGGUUUGGCAAUUUUGAGGAUCAACGGCGAGGAACUCUUGGAUGCGGCUGAUGACGGCGCCUUCAUUUCGAUCCUCAAGACAUACUUCGCACGUCUCGAUGAGUCGGCGCAUCCCAAAUCUGAGAAUCCCAAGCUGCGCGCUGUCACAAAGUUCCAAGAGCUGAUGGUGGUGGCAUUCAAGGAGUUCUCUGGCAUCACUCACAGCAGCAUAACCGAUUUGCGCUUAAAGAACAAGGACGCCGUUCUCAGCAAUAUCGAGAGUUUUGCGAAGAGAACGGCGAUCCGAAACUUGGGCCCCGACAGCAAGCUUCUUGCCCCUGAGGAGUUGAGUGCGUUAUACGACCGUUUUUAUACCAUUCUAUACGAGAGACAACAGCGAGAAAGCAUCAUCCAGCAAGAAAAGCAGCGGCGCGCAAAGAACGCACGGCCUAGAGCGCGUGAUGUAUUCGACGACAGCCCUGACCAUGGUGUCGAGAAGGGACGGGUUGCUCUUGGAGCCAGCACCAGUCUGAUGGAUUACGAUGCGUUCAGAGAAUUCCUUGCCAACAUGGCUAAAUGGGCCAUCUCAGACGCACCCACAACUCCGCGCCGAACUACUUUUGCCGACAAGGACAGAAAUGCUUAUACCAGCCCCCGACAAAACAAUGGAUUGCUCUCUCCUUGGGGCGCUGGCCCAGAGCCUGCGGAUCACGAAUUCAUACAACUGCUCUUCAAGAAAUGGGAUGUUAGCGGCACAGGUGCGCUCACUUUGUCCGACGUCGUCGCAGGCUUUGCCAGUAUCAAGGGCAAGCGAGACAUCAUGGGCACAAUUACGUACUUCUUUGAACUAUACGACGACGAUGGCGAUGGCAAGGUUGACCGCGAGGGUAUCUUGCGAAUUUCUGAAUCCCUCUUAUUCCUGUCAAGGCGAGGUCUCGAGGGAACGCUCAGCCCAAGCGCGUCAAGCCUCACACUCAACAUGCCCAAUGGCAUGGGCAACAACGGCCCCGAACCGAGCCUACCUGGUAUUUCAACCAACGAGAAGUUUCUGGGCAGCGUCAGUGCAUUCAUAAGAAGAUGCUUUGAAUACGCCGACCCCGAUCAUCCGCACAACCAGAACCGAAAUCAAACCCACAAGGAGAAGGAAGAGAAGCCCAAGUCUGCGGACGCUGACGGCGCCUUUGCUAUCGGUGACGAUGAAGAUGAAGAUGAAGAUGAGGAAGAUCUUCUAGCCAUGGACUCACCCACCGGCAGCCCGACCAAAGCGAAGAAAUUUUCGGACAGCUUGCCAUCGCCACCAGAAGAAAAGCAACCGGCCGAAGCUCAAUCUCAACGACGUGUUUCGAAGGCACAAUCAGAGGCGGCUAACGCUGCGCUGGAUCCUUCAAAUCCUUUGCACAUUACACUUCCCACUUUCCGCAUGGUCGUGCUCGCCGACGAGCUUCUGGAACAGUUCUUCGAAUCAUCCUUCCCCACCUCCUUCCAUCUCAUCGAAGGCCUGCCGACGGUAUCGACGCCAACAUCUACGCUUACGACCUUCUCUAGUCUCAACUUCGGACGUGCGCCUGUUGCCGCAUUGAACCCUGCCGCCCAGGGAGCGACCCGUGGUCUGCGCGGUGUGCUCGACAACAUUGUCACAGAUGGCAUGCGUGUUGCUGCCGAGGUUCGCAGAAGAAUGGACGAGGCGCAGAAGGAGUUGGAGAAGAAUGCUUUGCCUGGCCAAAAGGAAGAGGACGAAGAGGAUGACGCAGACAUCGGAGUCGAGAUCGGUAUCAGGAAGGGCACGGCUAGUGGAAGUGCGGACAUUGAAAGACGGAGCGUUCGGAGUGAAGACCGGGAUCUGCUUGACGGCGCGGACGCCGAAGCCGGUGCCAGCGGAAAUGGGAAGGAAGGCCAGCUCGUUGACAUUGAGCCCACAAGCAGACCCGAGGCGAAUGCCAAGGGAGUGGUUGAGUUCGAGGGCUGA